AUGCAGCACGAGAGGUUGGCGCCAUGUUCCUUCGUCCAGCAUGCUGAAACGCGGCACCAUGGCGAAACUGCCUUGUUCGCCGGCCGCCGCCCUCUAUCUGCCCGUCCUGCGUUCCCCCUCCUGCACGCGCGACCGGCUGCUGGGAAUGCGUCGCACCAUAUAGAAAACCCCUCGUCGGCCUCGCGCGAACCCAGCCAGACCCGUGGUCGGGCGCUGACGGCCUCGUCGCGCACCGUUGCCUCGCGCUCACAGACGCCCGCCAUUGCAGCCCCCAGCAGCAACUCGAGCCCGGACCGCGACCUCACCCUGGGCUCCCUCGAGCGCAAGCCGUCAGGCUCCUAUGCUCACAACCGCAACACGUCCAUCGUGCACGGCAUCCAGCACUCGCGGAACACGAGUUUCGUCAACUCGCCUGCCACGAGCCCGUUGAGCCCCCAGAUCAUUGCCGCCGCCGCUGGGGUGACUCUCGAUGGAGCCGUCAUGUCGCAGGAGUCCAUAGUCGAGGCCUUUGCCGCCAACGGCACCCCUGGGCCUGCAUCUACCACCGCCCUGUCCUCCACUGAGUUCAGUACCGCCUCCCUCCAGCGCAAGCCAGAGCGGGCACCCAGUGCGAGAUCCUCGCGCAGAGGCCAUAACCACCACCGCUCUCAGUCGCGCCAUCACCAGCAGCAACAUCCCCAUGAGCUCAAGACGGUGGGUGAAUAUGCGCUGCACCAUCUCUUCAACUCCUUCAUCAGCCAGGCCGAGCACAAAAUCAACCAGUGCAUGACAGAACGCGGCCAGCCGGAGGCGAGGGUCGAACUCAUUUGCGGGCCGGGCGUGGACCCCAAUUUCGACCAGUUGAUUGCUGCUCUGGGACACAUUGCGAGGCAGAAGCCCAAGCCCCUGAUUGAUACCAUCAUGCUGUGGCGGAAGGCGAAGAGCGAAGAGGCCGCCAAGCAGCGCACACAGCUCCUCAACGCCCGCCAUGCUGCCCCUGUGCCCCAGCUCGCGCUAUCACGCCGAAAUACGGAACCAGUCCACCAGCCCGAGCACCAGUCUACGGCCUCGAUGGCUUCGACCCGGGAUAUGCUGGCUCUGCAGCAGACCGUCACACAGGCCGAGCAGCGCUCGACUGUCUCAACAUUUAUUCUCUGUCGUGUUCUCAUCGAGAUCAUGACGCAAACUGAUUUGCAGAAUCUCACAUUUGACAUGGCUGAUCGCUUACUUGGCCUCUUCUAUGGACAGCUCAGUACCGUGGACCCGGAACUCGUCGAAAUUUCUCCCCUUAAUCUUGCCAAUUGGACCAUCUAUAGCCAACUGCUUGGCGUACUUAGCGGCCUGAUCUUUGACCACGUCCAGGACAAAUUCAUCACUGAUCUCAAAAUUGUAGACGCCCACUUGUCCAUCAAGAACCAAUACAACAGGGAUCAUGAAGCCAAAGGAGCUCUUCUGAUCCGCGCCCUACGGUACCUCAAGGUUGACAACUACCCUGAAGAGGCCUGGGAUCGUACCUGCGAAUUUAUGCAAUCCGUGGCAAAGUUGUUCAACAACGCACACGGCCAACCUAUCAAAUAUGCCUAUUGCCAGGUACUUCGGGAGCUGCUGCUCAAUAUUGCUUCCAAGGUCACUGUGGAGAUAGGCGCACCAAGGUGGAAGAUGGCCAUCGAUCUUCUGCGGCAGCGUGCUUCUGUAUUGCUCAGCAAGCCCAAGCACUGGCACGAAGCGUUCCCGCUGAUGACAGCCAUCCUUUGUGUCUCACCCACAGAUGUAUUUCUGUCACAAUGGCAUGGGCUUGUGCUGUCAACACAGCCGCGACUCAAGGAACGUGCUACACGUGCCAUUGCUUUGCGAGGCAUCUGUCGCCUGGUUUGGACCUAUCUGUACAGGCGGGGAACUGAGCCACCAAACAUUGUCGUCAGACGGCUUGAAGACAUCAUUCGCCUGGUAUUCCAGCCUGGGAGGCGGUCUUAUUUAUCAACGGAACCUGCCAUUGCGGAACCAUUGAUCCAACUCACACGUAUCAUUGGCUACAAAUAUCAGGACCUGUGUUUCAAAACCAUAAUCUUUCCGUUGUUGAACUCGGAGAUGUUCAGUGCUGGCCGAGAACUGCGAGUGGAAAACCUUGAGCCCGACCGAAUGGUCAUAGGUAUUCGUUCUUUUCUUGCCAUCAUGGCAGACUUGGAGAACGCAGAACAGCCACCAUUGCCCGUGAAAUACAACGUUGACCUCAACGCUCCCUCUAGUGAGCUUCCAGCUCUUCCCGCUAGCCCUCGGCCUAUCCAGCAUCUUCCUACCAAGUCCACGCUCCUCAAAGAGGAACGUCUUUCGCGACCGGUGAAUUUUAGUGGCUUUGGGGAAGUAGCCAAAGAAUACUAUGUUCGGUUCUGCAAGAUCCUCGGUGAAAUCACCAUCAUCUGCGACAAUGCUUUCGGUGGACAAGCUGUGCUUGACGAAAAAUUCUCCUUGCAGACGCCAAAGACACCAAUGGCAGAGGCGUUCAGCUUCAGUCGACGGGAGGAUCACCAGACGAGCUUGGAUCCACGUCAAGGAUUUUAUGACCUACUGCAUGUCGCUGUGCAGGCUUUGCCCCGUUGUCUAUCGCCCCAUAUCCCAUUCAACUCGUUGGUCAAUCUGUUAUGCACGGGGACAGCCCAUGUGCAAGGCACCAUUGCUACAUCCUCGGCUCAAUCACUGAAAUCGAUCGCACGACAAUCACAUGCUCAGCAAGUAACGAUCGGUUUCGCUCGAUUCAUCUUCAAUUUUGAUGAUCGGUAUGCCACCAUGUCAGAUGGUGGUAUGCUAGGAGCUGGGCACAUUGAGAGCACUCUCAAACUUUACAUUGAACUUCUGCAAAUAUGGAUCGAGGAGAUCAAGCAGAAGACACGCAAAGCGGCACUUGAUUCACCAGACGAUGGCUCUGGCAGUCGCGCGGCUCAGCUUGACAUCAAUUCCGUCUGGGCUCAUGUUGAUGAGAUCGAAUCACAUGGGCUCUUCUUCCUUUGUUCACCUUCGCGACGAGUGCGAGCAUUCGCCGUCACAGUACUUCGCCGUAUCACUGAAUUCGAUACAGCUCUUGGGGGUUCUAAUACGAGAGUCAUCAGAGUCAUGGAGGGCAGCCCUCAAAAAGUCAUGGAUAUCAGUGACGAAAAAUUGUCGCUUGCUGAACGUAGCCGUCUUCAGCGUGGCAUGAGGAAAAGCAACGUUCAGAGCACUUUGGUGGAGCUAUGUAGCAGCGACGUGCCAUACGACUCUACGCUCUGGUUCAAGAUCUUUCCCAAUCUGAUUCGUAUAAGUUUUGAGGUCUGUCCAUUUGCUGUCACCCUGACUCGAGACAUUGUAUGCGCACGGCUUUGUCAAAUGCAACGGACUCUAUCCUCGCUCGCGGAGGGACAUCGCACAACGCCCUACUCACCUUUCGAACCCAGUACUGCAAAGGUCACUGGCCGAUUGGCGUCCACAUCACCCGACGUUGUGAUUGAACAGUGGAAACUUUAUCUCAUCUUCGCUUUUACAACGCUUACAAAUCUGGGACCGGGUACAUCAGCGUCAUCGCAAAGUCAACCUGUUCAACACGCAAGGAAGAGCUCCAAGUCGUCUCAAAAGAGCGGCAAUAAGCUUUAUACAGCUACAGAACUCUUCGCCAAAAUACUGCCCUUCCUGUCUGUCGACAAUACUGCGAUACGGGAUGCAGCUGUUGUAGGCCUGGGAUCGGUCAACCUGAAUCUGUACCGCACAUUGCUAGAGUCUCUACAGGGUAUUGUAGCCGCGUGUGCCGAGGAGGCGAAGUCACGGCUAGGGACUCAUAAUCGCAACCUGAGUAGUCCGCGUGUUACAAAUUAUCGCACAGAUCACCUGCGCACAGAAAUCACCCACGUAUACAAGCUCACAUCUCAGCAAUAUCUGAAGUUGCCCGAAUGUUACAACGAUGAGUGGAUCGUCAACAAUCUGGUCAACUACACAAAGGAUCUGAGGAUUUUCCUGAGUGACACCGAAGUGCAAAUGGAGCCACGAUUUUUGAAACUUCGGACUCAUUAUUGCGGUUUAGUCGAAGUGCUGUUUGAAGGUAUCAACAAGACCAAUGAUCCUUUGCAGUGGAUGCCCUUCCAAGCCCGCAAGGCUGCCUUCACCCUAAUGGAAGAGUGGUGUGGCUAUUCAGCUAACCAACCUCAAAUCCGUCAAAGGGAAGAACACAUGCGUCGCUCUAUGCUAGACCGAGAACACGACAUGGGGAAUAAAGGCAUCGCAACAGCGGCUCAUGAGAUUGAAAAACGAGAUCUUCGAACGGCUGCACUCAGUGCCAUGGCUGCCUUGUGUGGUGGCCCGGUCAGCAUCACUACAGACAGCAAAGUUCUGCUCCAAUUUGAUGUCCUACGCAUGCUCAACUGGAUGGAUAGCAUUUUCGAAACGCCGAGUGAUCGAACACACGCAAUCGGUCGUCGAGCUCUAACUAAUCUCAUUCUACAUAAUCGCGAACAUCCAUACCUCCUGGAACGCUCUAUAGAGAUGUGUUACAACUCAAAGUCCUCCAAGGCCUUGGAGAGUUAUUUCGAAGUAGUGACUCAGGUAUUGACUCAACGCGAGGACUACACAUUGCCGUUUUGGAAAGUUCUCAGUGCUGGAUUGUACACCUUGGGGCAUGAAAACAGCACAAUCCGCAUGAAGUCUGCACGGCUACUAAGAAAGCUGGAAGCCAGGGAACAAAAGAACUCGAAACUACAAGAUCUUGACAUCAGCAUAUCGGACAAGACCAUUGCCGUCUACAAAUUGGCGCAAUUCGAAACUUCACGCCGGCUUGCCAAACAGCACUCUGCGCUUGCCUUUCUGGUCUUCUCUGAAUUCUCUCGGUUCUUCAAUAAUCUCGCUGCUGAUCAUCAGCGCAACAUGGUUGCUGCAAUGUUGCCAUGGGUACAGACUGUGGAGCUCCAGGUCAAUCCUGAGGGGGGCCCGACUGCCAACUCGUACAUGCUCCUCGUGAACUUGUUUGAAAUCACCGUGUCGUGUGGUAAAGCUCUGCACAACGAAAUCCAGGCUCUCUGGCAGGCUCUGGCAACCGGCCCCCAUGCUGGCAAUGUGCAACUCAUUCUCAACUUCAUCAUCAACCUCUGUUUGGAAAAGCGUGAGCAAAACUACGUUGAUAUAUCAAGACAAAUUGUCGUACAUCUUUCGAGUACUCCGGCGGGCUUGAAAGUGGUGGAAUUUCUACUCAUGCAGAUCAACCCACGAUCCAUGGUCAGCGAGAAACGUGAGCCAAUGCUUCCUCCGCCAGAUGCCGCCAGUCUCCCCUAUCUAGCUGAUAUCAGCAACCUGCUCCCAAGCAGCAAUAAGCAGUCUGGUUUUGCGUUGGGCCAGAUUUGCCUCAUUCUACUUGUUGAUCUUAUGGUUUCACCGAUCAAGGUGGCCAAUGAGCAUAUACCUUUACUUUUACAAGUGAUCUUAAUACUGUGGGAUCAUUACACCCCAGUGGUUCAAGAUCAGGCUCGCGAGAUGCUUGUACAUCUCAUACACGAGCUAGUCAUUUCCAAAAUCGAAGACGAUAGCUCCGGCAUCGAUAAAAGAUCCAUUGAGGACUUUGUUGAGAACGUUCGACAACAUGAUGUAAAGGUGGUUUGGAACUACGACGAAAAGAACAGCAAAGAUGCAGAAGAUUCAGGUGCUAAAGUUCCACAGUCGAUGGAUUACGUUGCUGGAGAAGUGUUGAAGUUUUUUUCGCUCGCCUAUCCCGCGCUUCGGGAAGCGUGGGGAAGAGUUGCGUUGAACUGGGCUACCUCCUGCCCAGUGAGACAUCUUGCAUGUCGAUCAUUUCAGGUCUUUCGCUGCAUUCUGACUUCACUGGAUCAGCAAAUGCUCUCAGACAUGCUUGCACGACUUUCAAACACAAUCUCGGAUGAGGAAAGCGACAUACAAACAUUCUCAAUGGAGAUCCUGACUACCCUACGAGCCAUUAUUGAGGCAUUGGCGCCAGAAGACCUCAUACAGUACCCGCAACUGUUCUGGACUACUUGUGCCUGUCUGGAUACCAUACAUGAAGGCGAGUUUAUGGAGACCUUGCUCAUGCUGGAUAAGUUUCUAGACAAACUCGAUCUGGGCGAUCAUGUGGUGCUGCAAAUUCUGGAGGACAGUUGUCCGGCGAAAUGGGAGGGCCGAUUUGAGGGACUUGCUCAGCUAACUUACAAGGGCAUACGAUCAAGUAUAUGCAUAGAUCGAUCCCUGCGGAUUCUCGAACGACUCGUAAUCUUACCCUCAAGUCGCAUUGUCGGUGAUGAUAGCAGACUCGUCUAUACUGUUCUCGCCAACUUGCCAGGGUUCUUACGAACUUUUGACCCUACGUACAAGGACCUAGGCCUCCGAACCAGUGCCGAGAUACUCGCGCGCGUAGCGGAAGAGCAAUACCAGUGUCCUGCCCUUGCAGAUGCACUUACGGCACUUGCUUUGAAGAGGACCCGGCACGAGAAAGACUUCCUUGCGCAGAUCAUGACGGCCAUUAGGACCAGGUUCUUCCCCGAUCACGAAUUCGGUAGCCUUGUCUUUUUGUUGAGCCUCUUGACAAAUAGAAUUGACUGGGUCAAAACAAACACCAUCGAGGUGCUUUGCGUAUUGAUACCCGAAAUCGACAUGCGGAAACCUGAAAUUGCUUCCAAGGGCUCCGAUUUGUUCUCACCGCUUCUGCGACUAUUGCAGAGCGCAUUUUGUUCACAAGCCUUGAGAGUGUUGGACUUCGUCAUUAGCCUCAACAUGACCAGCACACUUACUCCAUUCGACAAGCAGCACAUUCGGAUGAGUAUGGCUGGGUCACAUUCGACCCGGGGCUAUAAGAAGCAAUUCGAAAAGACCCAAUCCCUAUAUGGAAUACCCGAAGAGAGCGGAUGGGCCAUACCUAUGCCUGCUCUUCAUUCACAACUUACGAGAGCCAACGUCCAUGCUGUGUUCUACACCUGUGGUAACUUUGAUGAAAUGAACGCUCCAGACACAGAAACACCUAAGAUUGAGUUCCGACAGGAAGAGUUUCCCUUCAGUCCGCUAUCAGAUUAUCGAACGGCAACGAUGACAUCAGAAGAUACUCGAGGCGAUAGUCACAUCGGCGAUCUGGUGAUGAAGCUUGACAGUCUAGACGAUUUCUUUGACGACGAUGAUGAUGCCGAAACGCUGACAGAUUUACCAAACUUCGCAACAUCCGGACGAUACAAUUGUCCGAGUUCACAUGACGUACGGGAGAACCUUUACGACCAACAAACCGCACCCAUCCUGCACAAGUCACUUACGCGCAAUGCAAGCGUCACCUCUUUUCAAUCGGGAUUUAUAUCUGAGGUGAAACUAUCUCCUGUUAGGGACCCAGGUGUUAUGACACCUGGAGCCUUCAGUACUUUUGCCUCCUCGUUAUCUUCACUUCCGCCGACCAGUAACCUGCCUUCUCGACCAGGCCUACAUUCUCGGUCCGUCACAUCACCAUCUGCACCCAAUCAAACUCACCGUGUGUCACCAUCUCCCUCCUCCACGGCCUUGGACGAGCAGAACGAGCCCUUUUCCGACGAUGAGUAUGCAACGAGACGGUCCGAUAGUGCAGACAAGACAUUCAACUUGGAGCCUGUCACCAAGCCUGUACCCCAGGACGCCAGAAGUAGGUUUCGAAGCGGUAUGCGACGGCUAACAGGAGGGAGUGACGCAAAGGACAGUGCUAAGACGCGAGAGGCAAUUAAGCAAUCGCUACAGAAGAGUCCAUUGGUACCAAAGGUGCCUGAUAUUUACCUCGUCAACCCGAAGAGUGCAGAUCCUUGA